AGUUUAAAGUGUGUUUUGUUCUGAAACAUUGGCGUCAAUGAUUAGGCUAAGAUCGUCAUUUAUUUAUUUAUUAAAGCUGUUGUGGUUUGGCUCGGUACGGGCAGGACACGUCAAAAUAAAAUGUAGACGACACAUUGUUUAUUUACGGUCAACGAUCUAUGAGUCUUGACGUUCAGUUUCGUACAAUUUAAUGUGUGUUAUUAGUUCCGUAGUUUGUCAAGGCGUGGGCGAUAUUGCGUGCAGUUUAAAUUGAGUUGAUAUUGUGCAAUUAAUUGAAACCUCUGUUUCGUACCUGUUUUAGUUAAAGAUUAUCCAUGCGUAUUAAUUGAAUGUUUACUAUAUUUUUGAAGAACUGUGUGGUACGAGAUGCCGUCCGCGCAUCUCACGCUCCGCGAGGAGGAUGUGGUGCGACUCUCGCUCGAGUUCCUCCACACGCGCGAGCUGCACAUCUCGCAGAUGAGCCUGGAGCGUGAGACGGGCGUCAUAAACGGCGCCUACUCCGACGACGUGCUGUUCCUGCGCCAGCUCAUCCUCGACGGUCAGUGGGACGACGUGCUGGAGUUCAUCCAGCCGCUGGAGACGCUCGAGCUGUUCGACGCGCGUCGCUUCCGCUACGCCGUGCUGAGGCACAAGUACGUGGAGCUGCUGUGCAUCAAGUCCGAGGCGGCGGGCCCCGGCAUCAACGUGGACGGCGCCGUGGGCGACGUGGUGAAGGUGCUGCAGGAGCUGGAGCGGGUGGCCCCCACCAAGGAGGACUACUCCAACCUGUGCCUGCUGCUCACGUUGCCGCGCCUCUCCGACCACAUGCAGUACAAGGACUGGAACCCCAGCAGCGCCCGCGUGCAGUGCUUCCGCGAAGUGUUCCCUCUCGUCGAGAAGUUCCUGCCCGGCGAGAAGAAGGGCCAGCCGAGCGCCACGGCCCGCAAUGACCGGCUCAUCCACCUGCUCAUCAAGGGCAUCCUGUACGAGUCGUGCGUGAGCUACUGCCAGGCGCGCGCCACCGUGGGCGGCAAGGAGACGCAGCACCACGAGAUGACCUUCUCGCGCCUGCUGGACGGACCCGCUGCCUACGCCGACUCUGACCUCAGCCUGCUGUCGUGGCUCCAGAGCAUCCCUCCCGACACCUUCUCCGUGCCCUUCGAGCAGCGCACGCUCAACGUGGACAUCGAGAAGCUGGAGAGGCCAUCGCUGGAGACCUCGUGGACGGAGCACAUGCUGGUGACGCCCAUCAAACCCAAGCUGUUCCCCCACUCGGCCAUGCCCUUCACGCGACCUCGUUCUGCUGCCGAUGCCAUGUCGAGAUCGCUGUUGCCUGCCCUCGACGGCCUGUCCGCCGGCGGUGCCUGCCAAGCCGAACGAGAUGGUGCCAUGCUCAUGGCGUUGUCCACCGGUGACAUAAGCACCAUGUCGCGCUCGUCCUUCGCUUCCUUUCACCUCACCGGCUACAAGAACUCCAAGCUCAUGAACACUUCUGUGGAUCGCUUGUUUGAUGGGGAGGGCAGCGACGUAUUCCUCAGUGGCAGCUUUGCCGAUUUCCAGCAGCAGCAGCAGCAGCAGCAGCAGCAGCUGCCUUCCAUCUCGGAGGUGUCACCGGGAGCCAGUAAGACGGACAAUAAGCCUCCAGCAUUGUCGGCAGCAUCUACGCCAGAGCACCGGGGGCGCGAGUCCCCGGCCAUGAGCUCGUCGACCACGCGGUCUUCGCGCAGAGACUCGCUGUCGGAGCGGCCGGCAGGCGAUCAGCAGCAGCACCAGCAACACCAGCAGCACCAGCAGCACCAGCAGCACCAGCAAGAGUUCAGCGGUGACUUGCUGAAGGAGUUCCAGCGGCAGAAGCAGAGACUGCAGGACACACUGCAAGCCAAGGACCGCGAGAGAGAGGAGCUGGUGAGACAGCUGCAGUCCGCCGACAACCGCCUACAUGACUCUGCCAGUGGAAACAGCACUGGCACAGUGGUGGUGCACACGAGUCCUACCCCAGCUGCUGUACCCAGUCCAGCUCAUCCCACCCUCAAUGGCACCUGCAACUCUUCCAGGGGCCAGGCCAGUUGUGCUGUAGACAGUCCUGCUGGAGUGCACAAUGACCACUAUGAUGCAGUCAAGCCUGGGGCGCGUGCAGCACACCCGCAGGUGAACGGCGGCACCAAUGACAGCACCAGCAGGCCACGCUUCGUGGCCGUCACUAGCUUGGAAGACGUCCAGGCGGUGCGCUGUGCAGAGUUCCACCCGAAUGGCUGCCUGUACGCUGUCGGCUCCAACUCCAAGACUCUGCGAGUCUGCGCCUACCCCAAACUCGCUGAUCUCAGGGAGGACCACGCCACGCACCAGCCGACGGUGCUGUUCAAGCGCACCAAGCACCACAAGGGCUCCAUCUACUGCCUGGCGUGGACGCCCAUGGGGGACCUCAUGGCCACCGGCAGCAACGACAAGACGGUCAAGCUGAUGCGCUUCAACACCGACACCUCCAACCUGGAAGGCCAGGAGACUGAGCUGACGAUGCACGACGGCACGGUGCGAGACCUGUGCUUCGUGGAGGACACCAGCAACAAGUCCAGCCUGCUGAUCAGCGGUGGAGCCGGCGACUGCAAGAUCUACGUGACGGACUGUGCUACGGGCACGCCCUUCCAGGCGCUGAGCGGCCACUCAGGCCACGUGUUGUCGCUGUACAACUGGGGUGGAGCCAUGUUCGUGAGUGGCUCGCAGGACAGGACGGUGCGCUUCUGGGACCUCCGCACGCGCGGCUGUGUCAACAUGGUCACCCCUGCCACCAUGGCCAGUUCCAAGGCGGGCUCGCCGGUGGCGGCGGUGUGCGUGGACCCCAGCGGACGCCUGCUGGUGUCGGGCCACGAGGACUGCAGCUGCGUGCUGUACGACAUCCGGGGCUGCCGCAGCGUCCAGGGCUUCAAGCCACACUCGGCCGACGUGCGGUCCAUCCGCUUCUCGCCCAGCGCCUACUACCUGCUCACCGCCGGCUACGACAACAAGCUGGUGCUCACCGACCUGCAAGGGGACCUCACGCUGCCGCUGCCCAGCGUGGUGGUGGCUCAGCACCAGGACAAGGUCAUCUCGGGCCGCUGGCACCCCAGCGAGUUCUCCUUCCUGAGCACGAGCGCCGACAAGACGGCCACGCUGUGGGCCCUGCCGCCCGUCUGACCGCCCGUCUCUUACUCUUACACACAAUCUUCAAUUAAACCAAGUUUUUUUUGAAGUUAUUUAAUAAUUUAUAAAUUUUUAUAUUUUAUUGUAUGCAUAUGUAGCUAAAAUAUUAUUUGUAAAUCUUUCAAAAGGUAUGUAAUUGAUAUAAACCAAAUAUUAAAUUAGUGUUUUAAUACUUAACGGUCACUCGUGUAGAUAACUGCGUUUCAAACAAUUUUUCUUUUGCGAAGUUAUUUUUAAAUCUGUCGGUAGUGUUUUAAGAAUGAAUUGUAACAGUUAGGCUUACUAUGUGACAAGUUAAAAAAAAAUUAUUUCAGCUCAACUCACCAAAAAUUAAGUGCAUAGAUGUUAUAUAUUGCCUUUAAAUGUAAAUAGUACUUAAGAAAAGAUUAUUUAUUUAGUUUAUGGUAUGUUGCAUGUAGCGUUACAGAACUUUGAUAAUACGAGGUCACAAAUAAAGAGCACCACUGUCAGGUGGCAAGUUGGUGCUAUGUCUAAAAGCUUGAAAUUUUUGCAAUAUAUUUAUUUCAAUCAAUCAAAGUAAGUUUAUCUAAAAAAAAUUAAUUUUAUAUUUACUAAAUCAUGUGUUUUACUUACUUGCUUAUCAAGUUUCAUGUACAAUAUUUGUAAUUUUUUAAUAUUUUAGGUUUGUAUGGAAUGCAUCUCAUCGUAAAAAUUUGGCUGAGGAGUUCCCGGAAACUUGGAAAUUGUAAAAUAUAUAUGGAAGUCACGGGUGAAAGCAUUUUCCUGAGAAAAGAGAUUAUAAUACAUAUUAACAUAGUGUUAGUAAACUAUUAUUUUAUGACUAUGCUCAGCAAAAUUUAUCAAAAUUAACUUCUACUCAGGCAAUAUUAUUUAUUCAUGCCAAUAUUGAGCCUUUCUAGAAACAUAAUUUAAAAUAUUGAUGACCAAGAGUGGUGAUAGGUGAUUCUGCUCGCAUGAAGAUCUGAAAAUGUGAACUAUUACUGUUAAUUUUUUUGUUACAAAAAAACCACAGAUGUCAAACUUCAGUUACGAAUUAGGUACACACGUUCUUCACAUACUGUGUUUAUUGUGCCUUCAUUUGCAUCUAAAGUGACUAAUUGGUAAAUAAAAAAAACAUUUGAUUAAAACAUUGUUGUAUUACAUCUGAUUAAAACAUUGUUGUAUUACAUCUGAUUUGUUGAUAUUGUACAAUGUAUUCAUAUUCUUUUUAAACCCGUACAUGUAGCGAAUAUUCACUGAACCAAGGUAUCUGCUCCAUCAUCAUCAGUAAUGAUGUUCAAAGGUGCUUUUUUGUUCUGUUAAACUGAAAACUAAGAUUUGAUAUAUAGAUAUCAACAGAGGGAAUAUUUCUUUAUUUUAUAAAAAAUAAAAACCACAAUUUUAAUAUGCAUUAUUUCUGGAAAACGUUUUAUUGUGUUUAUAUUUUAAUCGCAUCUUAAAAAUAAAAUUUAAAAUCUGGUCGUGGGGCCUACAAACAUACAGAUUGUGUUUGAAAUACUCAUUUAUUCAUGUAAUUGCACGAGUUGGGCCAGUAUGCCAUACCGGGACGAACAGUGGUCAUCUCAGAACUAGGUGUACAUUUUGGAUGAGCAUCAUCUGCAGUAGUGGACCAGCAGUAGUCUGCAAGUGUUGGCCAUGUUGCAUGGUUGGUUCUAAAGUCUGCAGGUAGGUGGCACUGUGCAGUCCAGUACGAAGAGAAUUUUUGCAUAGCAAGGACACUAGAUUGGUAAGGUGAAACUUUAUCACAGACUGUUUCCUCAUUAACAACCUUGGUAAUCUCACCCAUGAGUUUAAGGACCAUCUUUAUGAAUCGUUGAUAUCCUCAUUUUGUGUUAGCUAUUUCACUGUGCCUUUUUUAACCUCUCUUGAAAUUGCAAAAACCUUGAGAGCAGAAAAGUUAUGCAAAUACUGUAUAAACCCACGUACCACCCGCCCCCGGGUAAGACCCGCACCCUUAUUUUUAGAAUGCCAUGGUGGGAAAAAAUGUUUUUAUUGCAAAUCUGCAUGGAAAAAAUAAUAAUUUAGUCGUGAUUUCUUUUCUUUUCAACCAGUAACAAAUCGUAAAGAAUUACCAAAAAAGUACUAUGCUACUUAUUACAGCCUCGGCAUUUGCGUUAAAAGUGUACAGAAGGCAGGCUACUUCAAUGUGGCAACAUCGCGCGAGUAGAACGUGGCAUCGGCGCGCGCGAACGAUAACAACACGCCGAGUAUGCGCGUGACCUUGCCCAGCUCCCAGCUGUUUACAGUUACAAUCUUCCGCGUCCAUUAUCGUGCGCUGGGCAAUGACCUCGUUCAAACAAAAUAAACGAUAAAGCACGCGAGUCCGAGCCACGCAUAAUAAAAACUAUUUUUAUUACAUGCAUAUAAAAAACCUUGUGCCUAAAUGUGGCAUAUUCUACAGCUUCCGCAGCUUUAACACAUGACUCUGAAAUGCUAUUGAUUUCUCAUCGUAGCUUGUCGGUAAACGCUAGCAGAUUGUAGUACCCGCCUCAUGGACAAACCCUUUCUUACCAUGAACCUGCGCAUCCAGUUCCUUCUUGUUUUAAAGCCUUCACCCACGCCAAGUUCACGAGCAAUUUGCAGCGCCUUUAGCGAACACAUUUCCGUGCUUACAGCGCACCCGAAUUGCCGUCUGUCUUGAUGUGGUCGUGGAGUUUUUCCUCUAUCUUCGGAAACUUUGCUACCGCACCACGGAACGCACGUCUAUCGCCACUGGCCGAAAACAGUUUGUCUUUACUUUUCCUCCAAUCCCUCACACAUGAUUCGUCGACAUAUUUUCGCCCAGCAACACGGUUACCGAUUUCUUCCGCUUCACUGAUUAUUUUUAAUUUUUCCGCAACUGUGAAAGAACGCAACUCUACGAUUCAUUAUAAUAGUUGCAGCCAACACACGUGUAAAACCACUGGGUACUUUGCAAAUGAGCGUAGGACAGUGCGUACUUUAUUUACUCUAUGCGUGGGAGCGCGCGUUUGUAACCAGCGAAGCUGCAGCGUGACAACGCUGUGAGGAAUGUGACCUUGACUGUCUGCCGCUUCCUUCCCCUCCUUUCCCCUACUUCUCUUUUCUAUCACAGCAAUCUCCAGUCUCGCCGGCGUUAUUUUGUCACCGCGCUAAAAUGGCCCAAGACCCGUGUAACACCCGCACCCUACUUUUUCGAACCCGAUUAUUUGAAAAAAGGUGCGGGUGGUACGUGGGUUUAUAUGGUACUCAACGUGUGUAGAUGGUAAAAUUUCCUUAAGCUCAAAAAAGUCUUGCGUCAUCUUGACGUAAGGCAGGGCAGCCAAUUGCUUGGCAAAGGAUUGUCUACUUAUGUUAUAGACCUAGCUUAGAUAUGCAACCACAGUUGUAUGCAAAUCAUGGAUAGAUGCUAAACCAGCUUUUUACAGAUGUCGCAUGAACCAUCUUAGGUGUGAGUCAAGCAGGACAUGACCAGAAGAGAGAAUAAAACACAUUUAUUACACAGUUUGGAAUUCCUGCAAUACUGCGUCUAACAGUAGAAGUCAAUAGGGGUCCACGCCUCAAUUCCUGCUAAAACAAAAACAGUCGUGAACAAUGCUUACUGGCAUUACCAUCACCCCUGGAUCCAUUCGCCCAACACAAGUGUGCCUUCUCGCAUGUUUCAGGCACAUACAGUCACAUCUCUUCCCAGAGAACAUUUAAGGGGUUCCGCCACUUUAUGUUAAUAUUGUAUAUAUAGUUGCAAAUAUAGACUACGCGCUCUUGUAUUGACUGCUAUGGACUGCCAUCCUAAUGAUGGCGCGAUAAAAAAAAUCUCCAUCUGCAUGAUGAUGGACUUACUGCAGCAAGUAUUUUGAUUUACUCUACAAUCAGGGUGUCUAAUAGUCACUAGUCCCUAAAAAGUCAUGGUAUUGAACAGAUGCUCACGAAUGUCCCGAUUAAGUCUUAGAAGUACACAUAUUAAGAUUUUUUUGUGUUACAUAAAGAGAGGUAAUUUUCACAAUAUCAUUGAGGGUGUUUGUAAGCAGCUGUUUAACGUUAUUUUAUCUUAUCAGACACUAUAGCUUAAUUGUAUGUAAAAAAUUUUGUUCUUAUUUCAGCAUAGCGGUAAAAACUAAUAUAAUUUUAAACAAAUAUAAAAUAUGAUUUAAAUAUAUUAAAUGGAUAUUUGCCAUCGCUGAUUUUACACUAGUUUUCAUUGAAGAAUCUUAAGAAUAUACCUACAACAAAGAAGGUUUUACUAUUAUGACAUCCUGUGUAAACCAUCUGUGGUAUAUGGCGGUAAAAUUAUUUAGAAAUUAUCUUCGUCAUUGCAAGAAUCAAUCAAAGAACAGAAAUAUCAGGCUAUACUUCAUCAUGGCAACAUGGAGUCACAAGCCUGUACGAUGUGGUGAGUCGUCAGCAUUUAUUUCAUGCAAAGGAAGCUAGAAAUAAGUAAACAAUAUUGCUGAAUUAACACUUUUUGUGUAAAAAGUUACUAUAAAUGUAUCAAGUGUUCCAGUAAGAGGUGACAAUCUUGUUUUAAGGAUGUGUGUUUACUGAACCAACGUAUUUUAAUGUGUUUAUUUUGUUUUGUAUUUUUACUAAUACAUAUGUUUAUAUGUGAAAUUUGGCUGUUCAAAAGGUUUGUGGUAGACUGCUUCAGCAAAGUUGCAUGCAUUUAUUGUUUUUUACCAGUGAUAAAAGUGCCAGGAAAGUUUCAUUUUCAAGACAUUUGGUUGGAAGAGGAGAAAUGGAAAUUAUGGCGAAGAGCUAGUAAAAUAUGCAUUUUCAGCUUUUUUGUACACUUUGCAAAAAAUACUUUGACACUUCUCACUCUGUUGUAAAUGCAAUUAAAUGCCAUGAAAAAUAAAAAAUACUGAGUUUUUUAAUGUCCUCAAGUCUGGCAGACAUAAAAUGUUAUCUUGUGUUAAUGAGGACACCUUCGACCCUUCUUAUGCUAACCAUCUAGUUCAUCAGAGCCUGGGUCCAGCAUGCCAAAUUAUAAUUCAUUCAGUGAACAGUAAACCAAGCUAUGCUAUCUUUUUGUCACACUUCACUCUUUCUUGAUGACUUGUGUAACUAGUGGAUCUUUUAGUUUCAAAAGGCAAAAUAAUGAUUUCGUC